CAUAUGUUUAAUUUUAAUUUAAAAAUGAACUCUUUUUCUAUCAACAUGUGAUUAUUACGAAAAUAGACAUUUACGAGUACGCUUUUAUUUACGAGUACUGGAUUACUAUAGUAAUCCUCUCUAUUACGUAACAACCUAAAGAGGCUAAAAUUUUGAUAAAAUUACGUAAUAUAGUAAAAAAUUCACAAUUAAAAUAAUAAAAAUACCGAAAUGGUGGAAAUUAUUUAUUCUGUUCAGUUUUUAUUAUUUAAAAUAGAGUAUUAUACUGUUGCCAACUUCAUCCAACAGAGGGCAUUACACUAAGGAAGUACGAGUUGUUUCGUCUGCGAGAAUUUUGCUUCACACGUUGCUGUAAAUAAAAAAAAAAGAUAUGUGUACAUUCGUAUGUAAAGAACACGGUGAAAAAUGGCAAGAAAUGGAUAAAAAUCAUUAACAACAGGACAUACAGCUCGAUUUGUGACAGUGGAUUAAUGCUUAAUAGAACUGGAUUACUGUGUAUUAAUAAUUUUCAUAUGCCAAAUACUUUUUGAAGUGAUUCAAAUGCAGUAGAAGGGGAAAAUGCUUAUGUUUUAUCGAAAGCGCCUGAGUUCGUGUUAAAAAUAUUCAAGAUAAAAGAAAAUAUCUCCUUUAAAGUGUUAAAUAUAAAGAAUAUUUAUGUUUCAACUGUAAAUUAUAAAACUUAAAAUGCCAAGUAAAAAUGGUAAUAGUUCAUCAGAUACAUCCAGUACAAGACUUCAAAGGAACUUAGCUGAAAAGCAAAGAAGAUACAAACUGAACAGUUACAUCAGUGAAUUAGCCAACAUUGUUCCUAUGGUUUCCAUGUCAAGUAAAAGACUAGAUAAAACAAGUAUUUUGAGGUUAAGUGCAGCUCAUUUAAGAAUCUAUCAAAGUCCUUUAAUUGGUAAUCAUAAACAUUCAUUAAAACCUUACUUUAAAUGGAGACCAAACUGUCUUGAUGCAGAUAACAUAUGGAAAAUAUUAGAGGUAAGUUUUUAAUUGAUUACAAAAUCA